UACAGAGUUUGUCAAUGUUCCACUUUUAUUUCCCCUACAUAAUGGUAAAGCUCAUUUUGCUCUGUAAUAGGCGUGAUAUUGAGUGCUGAACCCACAAAAGGAGCCAGGGGACCCUUAGGAGGAGCCGUGAUUAAACAACCAAAAGGAAUGAGUGGUUCUCUCCGCUGGAGCGCAGUCUGGAGAGACUCGGCCGGGCGGUUGCCGCUGGAGCUGAGCGGUGGAGCGGAGACCGGACACUUCAUCUGGAUCCGUCCGGCAAGGCCCGGCAUUCAGAGGGACAUCCUGCUGGAGGUGGAGGGGCUGUGUGUGUCUGGACUACCCCUCUAUGACGUGCUGGAUGUCCUGAAGAACUGUGAAGAUCCUAUCCGAAUCAAAACGGCCAAAGCAGGUGGCAGGCUGAAGAAGGACUUGAGUUAUUACUUGAGUCAGCGCUUUCAGAAGGGCUCAGCAGACCAGGGGCUGCAGGACAGCAUCAGAAACAACCUGCACCGCUACAGCGCUCCCUGUACGACCCGUCCUCCUCGUGACGGGGAGCUUCAUGGUGUGGACUACAACUUCCUGUCCGUGGAGGAUUUCCUGAAGCUGGAGCAGAGCGGAGGACUGCUAGAGAUAGGAACAUAUGACGGUAACUAUUAUGGGACCCCCAAGCCACCCAUCCAGCCUCUCAGAAGGACAGUGAUUUCCCAUGAUGCUUUGCGAGACAAUUGCACUGGUUCCCAGAAGUGCUGCGAUCGUAUGCAGCAUGCAGGAGUAGAGCGUACAGCGCUGCAGGAGGAUGCAGAAAUGAACAACACGUUUACAGGAGACUCCAGCCGGCCGGACGUGCAUGGCGUGGUGCGAGACAAUGCCCCCAGCUAUGUGCUGAACAACAUGACCACGUCUCUGCCGUCCAACCCCCCAGGCCUUCCUCUGGACCAGGACCCUCUCGGACCACUGCCGGACAACUGGGAGCUGGCCUACACCGAGACUGGAGAGAUGUACUUCAUCGACCACAACACAAAGACCACCUCAUGGAUGGACCCUCGGUGUCAGGACAAACAGCACAAACCUCCGGAGGACUGUGACGAUGAUGAAGAGGGUGUACAUACAGAAGAGCUGGACAAUGAUCUCGGUACGUCUCUCCUCUCGCCUGUGCCAGAACUGCCUCCCGGCUGGGAAAAGAUCGACGACCCGGUGUAUGGAGUCUAUUAUGUUGAUCAUAUUAACCGUAAGACACAGUAUGAGAACCCGGUUCUGGAGGCCCGGCGGCAGAAGCAGCUGGACGCACAGCAGUCGCCCGAGGACGGACGCUACAUCAGAGAAUGGAUAGAGGAGCACUCGUCCGCCGGUGCUGCGAUCGGCUCUUAUGUGCCCAGUCAUCUGGAGACAUACAGAGACCCUCAGAGCAGUCCAUUGGCCCCUCAGGCCCCGGGCCCCAAGCGAGGAAAGCCGUUCUUUACCCGUAAUCCAGCCGAACUCAAGGGGACCUUCAUAAGCACUAAGCUGCUGAAGAGCAGGCGAGGCUUUGGCUUUACUGUAGUCGGUGGUGAUGAGCCGGAUGAGUUCCUGCAGAUCAAGAGUCUGGUGCUGGAUGGACCGGCCGCUGUGGACGGAAAGAUGGAAACAGGUGAUGUCAUAGUCAGUGUGAAUGACACCAUAGUUCUGGGUUACACUCAUGCUCAGGUGGUGAAGAUAUUCCAGUCCAUCCCCAUCGGCUCCAUGGUCCAGUUGGAGCUGUGCCGUGGCUAUCCUCUGCCCUUUGACCCCGAUGACCCUAACACCAGCCUGGUGACCUCAGUGGCCAUUUUGGACAAAGAGCCUAUCAUAGUGAACAAUCAGGAAGGCUUGGAGCCCAUCCCUGGCCUGGCAGUUCAGAUGGCAUCUGGUGGCAGGACCGUUGAGCCUGUCCCGUAUGGCCCCUCUGCAGACAGCACUCUGAUGACCACGGCCAACAGCGGUCUCACUUACACCAGUGAUGUGGUGACACUGGCAUCUUCCAUAGCCACGCAGCCCGAGCUGAUCACGGUCCACAUCGAGAAGGGCGACAAGGGCUUUGGCUUUACCAUCGCAGACAGUCUGGCUGGUGGAGGGCAGAAGGUAAAGCAAAUUGUGGAUUACCCACGCUGCCGAGGGCUGAAGGAGGGAGACAUCCUGUUAGAAGUCAACAAGAGGAACGCACAGGGCAUGAGCCACAACCAGAUUGUGGAUCUCCUCAGCAAAUGUCCACGAGGGAGUGAAGUUACUCUGCUGGUGCAAAGAGGAGUUUUGCAUCCCAAGAGAAGCCCCAAAGUGCUGCAGUUGGAAAGGAAGGACAGUCAGGGCAGCUCUCAGCACAGCAUAUGCAGUCACCGCAGCACACACACAGACUCGCCCAGCCGCCCGGAGCCCAUAGUGCCCGCUGACACCCUGGGGGGCCCUCCACCCAUGCCACCUCCUCCCACCCAGCCGCUGCCCGUCCUUCCCCCCUUUGACAUCUCUGCAGCCAACGGGACAUUCCAGAAGAAACCAGACCCCUUCAAAAUCUGGGCACAGUCAAGGAGUAUGUACGAGAGCCGUGUGCCAGACUCUCAAGAACAAGACAUUUUUCUUUGGAGGAAAGACACAGGCUUUGGCUUUCGGAUCCUGGGGGGAAAUGAACCCGGAGAACCGAUCUACAUAGGGCACAUAGUGAAGUAUGGCUCAGCGGACGAGGACGGCCGUCUGCGCUCUGGAGACGAGCUCAUCUGUGUGGAUGGCACGGCGGUGGUGGGGAAGUCUCAUCAGCUGGUGGUGCAGCUCAUGCAGCAGGCGGCUAAACAGGGUCACGUCAACCUCACCGUCCGCCGCAAAACUACUUAUGGAGUUUACAAGGGGGAGGUGGAAGUGCCACCGUCUCCUGCAUCAUCUCACCACAGCAGUACGCAGGAGAAGCGCACGCCGCAGGGCAGCCAGAACUCACUCAACACCGUCAGCUCGGGCUCCGGCAGCACCAGCGGCAUCGGCAGCGGCGGAGGCGGCGGCAGCGGGAGCACUGUUGUCAACAUGACGCCCGCCACCCUGCAGCCCUACGACGUGGAAAUCCAGCGUGCCGAGAACGAGGGCUUCGGCUUUGUGAUCGUGUCAUCCGUGUCACGGCCUGAUGCGGGCACUACCUUUGCAGGAAACACAUGUGCGGCCAUGCCCCAUAAAAUAGGCAGAAUCAUCGAGUGCAGUCCAGCAGACCGCUGCGGGAAGCUGAAGGUGGGUGAUCGUAUCCUGGCGGUCAACAGCUGCUCCAUCACCAACAAAUCGCACUCUGACAUCGUCAACCUCAUCAAAGAGGCCGGCAACACUGUCACGCUGUGCAUCAUACCCGGAGACGAGACAUCAAAUGCAUCCCUACUGACCAACGCAGAGAAGAUUGCCACCAUAACCACUACACACACACCUCAGAGCAACACUGAGCACAGCAGGAAUAACAAACCCAAAAAAGCUCUGACCCAACCAGCAACCUACAGUCAGGAGGCAGACUAUUACUCUGUUGAUCUAGAGAGAGAGAGUAAAGGUUUUGGCUUCAGUCUGAGAGGAGGAAAGGAGUACAACAUGGAUCUGUACGUGCUGCGAUUAGCUGAGGAUGGAGCUGCUGCCAAGAAUGGCAAGAUGAAGGUUGGUGAUGAAAUACUGGAGAUCAAUGGUGAAAGUACGAAAAAUAUGAAGCAUUCUCGUGCCAUCGAGUUGAUCAAGACCGGAGGUAGACGAGCUCAACUGCUGCUGAAGAGAGGAGACGGAUCCGUCCCAGAGUAUGACAGCCCAAAUGACAGCUACCCUCCCUCACCCAGGCCACAAAAUUAUUCGGAAGUGAGGACCUUGCUGGUCAGCGGCCCCUUUCAUCAUCCGAACAAGUCCAGCUAUACAUCAGAGCAUUACACACCAUCCCAGCCCAAGCAGCAGCAACUGAAAGACUGGCAGCAUCAUCUGGCCAGGGAACAAGAGAGGGACAACAGAACAGGACUGUAUUCCAGCGCUCCACACCAGCCUUCCUGUAACAACCAUCACAGCCCCUCGCCGUCCCCUGACAGAAGUGAAAACAACUCUCACCGCAAGGUCAAGAAGUCUGAGUCAGAGAGCGGCAUUGCCAAGCUCUUCAAAACACUGAGGAAAGAUGGCGGAUUUGGGAGGAAAACCUCCAACCAGGAUCUACUGAGGCAAGACCACAAAUCAUCCAUAGAGAAGCAGAGUUGCGUGGGGUCUCAGGAGCGUAGCGGGUCCUUGGAUCGCUCCUCCACCCGGAAGCGCAACACCUCUCCAGACCGCCGUAGGGCCAAGUCUGUGGACCGGCGAACAACACACUCGUAUAAAGAUCAGUCCCCUGAACAGUGCUAUCAAGCUUCUACCCAGGACCUGCUGUGCCAGAUCUCCACUCCAGAAAAGCAUUUCUGGCCCCAAAAAGAGCCCCAAACUCCCCAUCAGAACUACAGCAAAGAGGGCUACUUCACAUUCACCCCUGAGCGAUCCCACAAACCCACGACCCAUGCUCUUGCUCGCACAUCUGAACGUGGCCUAAAGAACAGGAAUGUUCUGCUCAACAGCUCUCCAUCCAGUCAAGCUGAGAGACAGGGAUACUUCAGAGCCUCUGAAAGAUGCUCCCGCAGGACAUCAGACAGCAGCAGUGAUGGAAGUUACUUGGAAGAGAGUGCUGCUCCACAGCUUAGGGAUUAUUACAAUGCACUGAAAGCCAGCAGUGCCAACGGGAGCAAUGUGGGCCUCGGCCUCGUCCAGAGCUCUCCGAGCAAGAGACGGCUUUACAAGGAGAACCACGCAGACCUCAGCAUCUGAGCUCCACGGGACUGAGUUUCACCACAGUGGAACAAUGCUUCUUUUUCUAGUUUUCAUCAGUCUGUUUGUUUUUAUAUGUUCCAAUCCUUGUUUUGUUAAAAGACACAUUUUUUUUCAAAUGUGUCUUUAUUUUGCGUGUCCUCUUUUCUCCAAAUUGAGAUUUACUGAACCAGAGCACAAGCAUUUAAUGUUUGUUUCUUUGUUUGUUCAUUUUAAUAGAUGUGUGGCAAAACCUGAAGUCAGACUAUGAUGCUACUGUUUAAUUGAUUAAUAUAUAUUUAAGCUGUAUAUUUAUUUAAAAAAAUUGAAAUGUAACUUGAUGGGAUGUCCAGAUGAAAAAAAGCAUAAUUCAGUCUUGGUCUGUUGUAUAAUAUCUGACUUUUUUUUUUUUUUUUUUUCCAAUGCUGCACUGGACUGAGGCAUGAGCCCCUAUUAGUUAAAAAAAAAAAAAAAAAAAAAAAGAGGAAAAAAAUGAAAGUGGAAAAAUUAUAUAGUGGCACAUUUUUUUUCAGUUAUCACUAUGAAUUAGACUACAGGCACAUAUGCACAGUUGAGAGAACUUGACCCAACAUAAGCUUAAAGCAAGUUUUUUUUUUUUAUGAAUUACCAUAUAAGUAUGUCAGUGUGUUCCUUGGGAAUCAAACCACUGACUGGAUGAGCUACAGGAAUACAGCUGAUACAUUAAACUAAGAAAAACUAACACUGGAUAUAUGAAAAAAAAAAAAAAUGUUAGUCCUUGCAUUUCUUAGUGGCCCUUCUAUUUAGCAGUAAUUUUAAAGCAAAAGUCUGAAUUAUUUUGAAUCGUUACAUUGAAUCGUUCUGCAGCCACAUUUACCUCUAUAAAGUAAAGUACCAAAGGCAAUUGAAAUGCUCUGAACAAACGGAAUCACUUAACAAGCUUGUGUUACAAAAUGUGUUAAAAAAAUAAAUGUGACACAUGGACACAGCACACAUGAAUGAGCUGAAUGUAGUUACAGCACAGAAGAUUCAGGUUGCCAGUUCCGAUCCAAAAGACUACAUAAAAACUGCACCUGGCACAAUCUGCCAAACUGAGCCACCACUCGUUUUCCAUCCUGCUCUCGAGAGCCACUGAAUUUCAGUGAUCUGUAGAUGCAAUAAGAAUUUGUAUGGGAACACAGCUGUUUCGUGAAUUUCGACAGGACCAUAAUCUUGCAACGAGGAACGAGAACAGGGAAUUCCUUCAGUGUCAUCUGAAUAGUACUGUAUCAAAAUGAACGUAUCAGCUGCUGUCUUUUGUACAAAUUUUAUUACUGUAUUUACUUCAAACCUGUGUAGUUAAGGUACUUUUGCCUUUUCUCUGUACAAAAAAAAAAAAAAAAAUGCUGUCCAACUAGAAGAAAAUGUGAAUAUGUUUCUACUCUGCUCAUGAGGAAUAUGGGUAAUGUUUGUACUCCCCAGACAGCAGCAUAGUGUUGGCCCUGCACUGUGCUGCUGCUUGGGUCAGAAUCAGGCACAUGUAAAGUUUUAUUUUUUCCCUCUCUCCAGGAAGGAUGAGAAACUGAGGUUUUUUCAAGGAAGUGGGUUGAAUAUCUGUGAUGGAUAGCCUGCUUUUUUUUCUAGAGAUCUUGUAUACUGUCUGUGGUCUCUGAAAAGUUAUAAGGAUUUUAAAUGCUUUUUUCUUUGUCAAUAAAAGCAGUACAUGUG